AUAACAAACCUAAGGUGCCGGUGGCAUGUUAUUAAACCCAAAACCCCGGUGAGGUCAGGUGUGAGAAAAUGGGGAAGAAAAAGAGGUUUCAACCUGAAACUGAAAAACAAGAAGAGAAUAAACAGUCAAAUGAGGUCUUCAAUGGCGACUGUGAUUCUGAGGAACCAAAGAGGAAGAAGAAGAAGAAGCAAAAGAGGAGUCAAUCCGAAACUGAACAUCAAGAACAGACUAAACAGUCGAAUGAGGUCUUCAAUGGCGACGCUAAUACUGAGGAACCAAAGAGGACGAAGAAGAAGAAGAAGAAUAAACACCAUUCCGAGGAGAUUAAGGUUAUUCCUACCGUCAGUAUUGCCAUUCCUAGUUCAAUCAUCGGUAACGCUCAGUCUGAUGAACUCGCUACUCGUCUUGCUGGGCAAAUUGCUCGAGCAGCAACAAUUUUUCGAAUUGAUGAGGUUGUGGUAUUUGACAAUAAUAGUACUUCAAGAGAUGAUCCUACUACUACAAAUAUGGGAACGUCUGAAGGGGAUAGAAGAAAUGCUGCUUUUUUUAUAAGAAUCUUGCGAUAUCUUGAAACUCCACAAUAUCUAAGAAAGCAUCUUAUUCCUAGACAUAGUAACUUAAGAUGUGUGGGCUUGUUACCCCCUCUUGAUGCGCCUCAUCAUCUUAGAAAGCAUGAAUGGGCUUCCUAUAGAGAAGGUGUGACUCUCCAAGAGAAAGCUCCCAACUCUGUUGGAACACUAGUAGAUGUGGGUCUUGACAAGAAUGUUGUCAUUGAUAAAGCGCUUGAAUCAGGAACAAGGGUCACUGUAGCCAUGGGGACCGACCGCAAUUUGAGUACUGGGACUUUGCUACAGGUCGUUGAUCCUUCCACUCCUAGAGAACAAGAGGGGAUGUACUGGGGAUAUAAAGUGCGAUAUGCUCCAAACUUGAGCUCUGUUAUUGAGAACUGCACAUAUGAGGGCGGCUAUGACUAUGUGAUUGGAACUUCAGAGCAUGGUCAGGUCAUCAAAUCAUCUGAGCUCUGUGUACCUGCGUUUAGGCACCUUCUGAUAGCAUUUGGUGGUCUCGCUGGUUUGGAAGAGUGCAUCGAGCAGGAUAAGAAACUGAAGGGAAAAGAUGCAAGUUUCGUCUUCCAUUCUUAUCUGAAUCUAUGCCCUCAUCAAGGCAGCCGUACAAUUAGAUCAGAGGAAGCUGUAUUUAUAGCACUCCAAUAUUUUCAAGAACCAGUAGAGCGUGCAUUACAGAAAAGCUAAGGUGUGUCUGAUGAUCGUCACAUACAAACAUGGGUGUCUUUUCUUGUGUUGACAAUGCUAGUAGAAAUAGGCCGACACAAAUGCAGAACAAACUCUGAUGACGAAUGAAGUAGAGUAGUGGUUUCGUGCACAAUUUUUUCAGUAUAUUUUUCGAAAUCAAGUUUUGCUAAAUUUUAAAGUUUUAGCAUAUUUUUGAGAUGGACAUGGGUAAUUUAAGCAGUAAAUCUGUUAGAUUAUAUGUGAUUCCUUGUUUGAAUGCUACUCCAGCUGAGUUUGCUACAAUUCUACCAAAAAGCUUUCCCUUUAAGCUUUCAUUUACAAUAUUUUUUACUUUUAGGUUGGGCAUCAUAUCAAGACCAAGAGGUGACAGAGCCAUCUCUGGUACUUUUUAUAAUGUCUUAAUCUGCAAAAUUUCAUUGUUCGCAAUUUAUUUGCAUACGUAUAUUUAAACUCUUUUUUUAAUACAUCCGCAUAAUUUAAAU